AUGCCCUCCUUCACCGCUUUCGCGCUGUCUCUCUUCUUCGUUUCGGUCGCUCACGGUAUUCCGUUCAACCCCCUUCAUCAUUCCGGGCCGGCAUCGCCGUAUUUCGACGCGCCUUCGCAGUUUGGCAUCUCAAAGGAAACGCCUGAAGGAUGUGUUGUUGAUCAGGCCGCAUAUAUCCUUCGGCACGGCUCUCGGUAUCCUGAGCCAGGCUCUUACACAGGCUGGCAGGACCUUUACAACAAGUUCCAGAACCAUACCUACUCUGCGCGGGGACCUCUCAAAUUCAUCUCGUCUUGGGUUCCACCGAUUGACGACGAAGACCAUCAGCCUCUGUACCUGUCGAGUACCGGUGCUGGUGAAGCUUUCGCCCUUGGCGUGGAUCUGCGAAAACGAUAUAAAUUCACCCCAGGUGGGGAGAACUUCACCGCCUGGUCUGCUGGUCAACAACGAUGCGUAGAUACAACUACCUAUUUCCUGCGAGGUUAUCUCUCUCAAGGAAACUACAUCAACGACACAAACUCCAACCGAGGGUACAUUGUUACCCUUCCGGACUCUGUGAACGAUACCUACGCUGACUCGCUGACCACGUCUGCAUCGUGCCCUGCAUAUUCCAAUGCAAGUAAUGGAUCUGCCAUCAGUACUGCAUACAGGGCUCUGUAUCAGAGUACAAUGGCAGAGAGGCUGAAUCAGUUCCUGGAAGGAGACCUGGUUCUGGACGCAACCGAUGUUGGGGUAAUGGGCGACCUCUGUGGCUUUCUCUACGAGGUUAGCGGUGAUCGUAGAUUCUGCGACGUAUUUGAGGAAUCGGAAUGGCUGGACUACGAAUACGCCCACGACUUGAAUUAUUAUUAUGGGUCCGGGCCAGGGAAUGCUUUAUCGGCUACUGUUGGUUACUCAUGGGUGAAGGCUAUUUCGGACCUCUUCGAAGUUGGCCCCAACAAUACGGUAGAAGGUGGCACUGUGGUUCCGCCUCCACUCAUUAUGGGUUUCACGCAUGACAACAAUCUCCCUCCUAUCAUAUCUGCCCUUGGCUUGUGGAACACGUCGAACUCUGGCAUCUACCCUCUAUCCAAGACUCAGCGGCGACCGGACCGGAUGUUCCGCUCUUCAUAUCUUGUAGCGUUCCGCGGAUACGUCGCUCUCGAGAGAUUGGCCUGCUCGACUGGGAAUAGCAGUGAUACCGUGUACCAUGUCGCCAACCAGACGACGGCCACAGGUCAUGAAAGUGUGUACGUACGAGUAAGAGUGAACAGUGCACCUGUUCCCAUUCCUGGAUGUGCUUAUGGUCCCGGAUCGAUGUGUCCUUUGGAUCAUUUUGUGUCCUAUGUGAAUGUGGAUAUGAAGGCCGUGGCAGGUGAUUUUGGCGAAAGGUGUGGGCUGGAAGAAUCCGUUGAUACUUUGCAGUUUUUGACCCAGGAUAGUGAUAGCUAUGGUCAUCAGAUCGUGUCGAUAUAG